AUGGCAUCCCAAACUACUGAUACUGACCUCUUUACUAGGUUAGCUAACUUACCUCCAAAUGUUAUUGCUUUGAUUGUUGACAAUUUACUGAAAUGUAUUUUGCCGCCGUUGUUGUAUUUUCCACCAAUUCAAGAAAUAACGACUAUUGCAAUUUUGUCACACGUGAGUAUUACUGAUCGUGUAUGGAGACAUGAGAAAACUAAUCUUUAUAGUAUCAACAACGAUGGUUGUAACUGCACUUUGUUCAGCAUUCAGCUUUCUAAAUUAGAGGAUGCUGUCAAGCGUUGGAAUUUUUACCCAAGAUCCAUUAGUUUUGUUGAUUUAGGUCAAUACCGUAACACUUUGGAAAACUUCCCCACGAUUUUGGAAAAAGCUCAAGAUGUCAAUUGUCAUUUUUUCUGUUCUAAUGGUAAAGAGCGCGGGUACUUGAAGCAAAUUCUUAGCACUAGUUGCAGAUUCAACAGAUUGAAUUUACACGAUUUGGGCGCCAUUCCCAAAAUAUCCUCUGUGGUAAAGGACCUUCUGUUGAGAAAUACUUGGUUAGACAAUUAUUUUAUCCCGGGUUUGAAGCUGUUGCAAUGUGAUCUCACUCACAAGAAUCAAGCGGUGGAUUAUUGUUUUUUUCCUACUGAUUUAGACGAGUUGUCUGUCACUAUUAAUGAUCGUAACAUUGUCUCGUUACCUCCAAAUUUGAAAAGAUUACAAGUUCUGACAACCCAUAGAACCGCAAAUUUAACAGGUCAAAAAAUGCUAAACUUGAAAAAUUUGCAACUUUGUUUCCCUAAUAUCAGAACCUUUGGCGAAGCUAAAAUAAUCGCGCCAAAUUUAGAGGUUUUGGAUUUGGAAUGUUAUAAACUAACCAGUUUCGAUGAUUUGAAAUCCUUGCGCUUUUUGAAAAGUUUGAAUUUCGUGGGAUGUGUUUUUCCUGUUAGCUUGUUCAAGCAGGUCUAUUUCCCUGAAUUAGAGUUUUUUAAAUACGAAGGUACUGUUCCGCUCUUUUUAACAAAAAAGCCAAAGAUCGAUAAGACAGUGCCUGAAGAGUUUAAAAAUCUAUCAUUAAAAUUUUCUCCAAAUAUGAAGAGAUUGAAAAUAAUCAAUGCAAAGUUUUUGGAUAUCAACUUAAGUGAUACAUUAUUUCCUGCUUCUUUAGAGUUUCUUCAUCUUUCCGAGGUAACCUUUAGUGAUGGCUAUUUACGUCUUGGGGAAAAUUUGAAAACUGUUUACAUAGAAACACCAAGAGUUGCGUUUGACAAAAGUUUCAGAAUUCCCAAGGCGGCAACAGAGUUCAUAAUCAUAGUUGAUUUUUUAAGUUUUGAAAAUUCUGAUUUUAUGUACCAUUUACCAAGUUGUCUUGAAAGCUUACAUCUAAACGGUUCCAAGAAAAGUAGUAUGAAGCCCCUCGAGCAGAAAGUCAAAUGGCCCUUGUCAUUGAAAGUAUUUGUUAUGAGGUGUUUCAAUAUUGAUAGCAAAACAUUUGAAAUGUUGAACUUCCAAGAAUCAGAGCUUCAAGAAAUAUACAUGUACAAAGGUGACAUCAAAAAAUUGGAUGCAGACGCUCUCCCUGCAAGCAUUGAGACGUUGACAUUAAACAGAAUGGGUAUUCAAGAGUUAUCGGAAUCUUUUGAGAAGUUUAAAAAGUUAAAGCAUUUGGCUUUAGAGAAAAAUCCUUUUAAAAAAUUGUCACCAGUUAGAUUGCCAAUGCCUUCAUUGAAGAAACUAAAACUUACUAAAUGUAAUAUUAAGUUAGUGUCACCAUUUCUUGUUUCAAAGUUGGAUGAAAAGUAUUUAAAAUCGAGACUUGAGGUAAUAGCUAUUGGAAAUUGGUCUUUGGACGCUUUUGACGUGAAGAAGAUGUUGGCAGCAACAGAAGAAUUGACUAUUAUUGUUAGUUCUCGCCGUGAUGGUUGGAAUUGUGUAUCAGAAUUGUCAUCCUGCCCCCAUUGUAAAGAGACCAAUAGUACUGCUUAUUGGAAUGAGGGGGACUUUUCAAGCCCGGAUACGGUUUGUCCAUGUGAAGAAAUUUGUAACGAAAGUGAGUUUUCACUGGACGAUGAUGAUUAUAGUGAUUACAUGGAUUAUGAUUACUAG